AUGAGAGCCGCAGGUGGGACGUGAAACUGGCCGCUUUUACCCGUUAGUUUUACCGACGAUUUCAUUUUCCGUGAGUGCUCGAGUGGUGCUUCUGAACGACAUGGGGAAGCUUCAGGAAUUCGAGAUUACUUUCACUAACAACAAAGUGGUCUACAACCCCGGUGAAUCCAUAUCAGGAACUGUGAGAAUUAAAACAAGCCACUCCUUACAGUUUAAAGCCAUUAAAGUCAACUGUGUGGGGUCGUGUGGCAUCUCGUCCAAGCUGAAUGAUGCAUCGUGGAUGGUUGAGGAGAAGUACUUAAGCAGCACACUGUCUGUGGCCGAUAAAGGUACUCUACCAGGUGGUGAGCACAGCUUUCCGUUUCAGUUUCUCAUUCCAGCAUCCGUUCCAACCUCGUUCGAAGGUCCAUUUGGGAAGAUUUUAUACAAAAUUAGGGCUUUUAUUGACACGCCACGUUUCUCAAAGGACUACAAGACCCAGCGACCAUUCUACCUUCUCAAUGUGCUCAACCUCAAUGAGUUGCCAGAUAUAGAGCAACCCAGCUGUGCUGUGACAACAAAAAAGUUUAACUACCUCCUGGUAAAAACAGGAACGCUCAUGCUGAAGGCCUGCAGUGAUCUAAGAGGAUACACUCCUGGACAGGUUAUCAAACUAUCCACCGAGAUCCAUAACAAGUCUGGUAAAGACACCGGCUAUGUGAUGGCCAGCCUUAUUCAGAGAGUGUCGUAUAAGACAAAGCGGCCAGUGUUUGAUUUGCGGACCAUAGCGGAGGUCGAGGGUGCCGGAGUGAAGGCUGGCAAACAUGCAGAGUGGAGAGAACAGAUCAUCGUCCCGCCUCUUCCUCAGUCAGGCCUCACUAGCUGCAGCCUCAUAGAUAUUGAGUAUUUUAUCCAGGUUUCACUAAAAUCUCCAGAGGCUGUGGUCACGUUACCCAUCUACAUUGGGAACAUUGCUGUAAACUUGACUCCCUCCAUUCCUCACCCCAUCGCUCAAGGUGCUCCAAUGCCAGCUAUGCCAAGCUUUAGCCCUGCGGCCGUAGUCCCCAGCGCACCUCCUGCGGAGGAUAACCUGGGUGAGCUGGGUGCUGGAGGAGUAGACAGUGAGGAGAUCCCCACCAAGAGUCAUUCUCAGCAGGACCAGUCCGGCGUGCCUCUCACCAUGUCUCCCAGUGCAUUCGGUCAAGCGUCUGGUCCAGUCGUGCCACAGGCAGCCCAAUCAUCAGAUGGCUCCGCUCCUGUGUUCUGUUUGUCAACAGGGGCCACCAUACCUUUCUUCACAGAUGGUAAUGCAACACCAGUGCCCACUUCCUGUCCCCUCAUUCUGCCCCCUGAAUACAGCACCUGGGAAUACCCACACGAGCCGCCUCCCACUUACGAGGAAAGCUGCAGUAGCAACAACUCCAGCUUCAACAGUAGCAUGAGGUAGACCCACACGGGGUCUUGUUUCUUCAUCACGCCAUUCAUCUGGUGCCCCCUGGUGGACGGUACAGACAUUGCAGCCAGGCCAAUAAACCUGGCUCUUGUUCUCCAUGAACCAAGUCUGUUCAAAACAUAUAAUUUUUUGUUAACCCCCUCAGAUUAUUGGAGAAAACAACCCUGAAACUGUACAGGAAGAAUGUUUCAGUGCCUAAGAAGAUGUAGCACUCUUGAGCAAGCCCAAGACGAGACAAACUCAGAGUCCUUGUGAAACGAAUACCAGCAUCUGUAACGUUUUGACGUUUUUCAUUCAACCAAGGCUGGCCUUAUACAAUGCUCAUCACAAAACAUGCUCCCUAAAUUUUGAAUUCUAUCUCUUUGAGGGAAAAAAUACUCCUUUACUAGUGACGAUCCAUUGCGAGUUAUAAGGCACUCCAUGCUUAUGCCAGCGGGAAUGGCUCUUGACGAAAACACUGGGCUGCAGAGAAAGUUACUCUGGAAAGAACAAGUUUUAUUUAUUGAUUAUGAUUGAUGUUGGAAGUUUUCAUUUGACUUUUAAAAUCCAUCUCAUUACCAAAUGGACACUGUGUGGAUACAGCUGCGGAAUACCAAUGUAGUCAAUCAUUUUGGGCACAUACAUCAUUAUCACUUGGCCAAACGGUAGCCAACAUAUUACAUAUCAUUUUUAAAUGAGAACUGCAUUUUUUAGGAUGGCACUUCAGACUCCUGUCUGUCAUUUUGUUACCUUAUUUUACACAAAACAGCAACGUAAUCAGAUUUUUCUUUUCUGGGGUUUACCACUUCACGCUAGAAUUAUUAUUUCAAAGUAUUUCAAAGAACUGUCAUUCUUAGUGUGUGUGUGUAUGUUUUUUUUUUUUUUUUUUUCUCCCUCCAGAUCAGUGCUGGUAAUAUGUUAGAUGUUGGAAAUUUCUGAUAUGCAUUGUUUGAAAUUGAUUCGAGCUGUAUAUGUCUUUGUAUGUGAUUUGUUUGGUCUUAUGCAUUGAUAUUCUCAUACUAGCCCACAGCGAUUGGAGAUUUAUGAUGGAUUUCCGGCGAGGCCUUAGGCUGUACUUGGAUUGUUGCAUACAGUCCUUCAAUAUGGCAAACGCUUUUUCUGAAACACUUGUUCAGACCCUUGAACUGUUGAAGAAAUUGAAAAAUUGAAGCACAAAAGGCACUUUUAUAUGUGUGUGUGUGUGUCUGUGUUUGGGAAUGUUUUCUCAAAUCCUUCUCCAAAAUCUAAAUGAUCAAGUUCCAUUUUUAGUUCAGUGUUGGAAGUUUAGUACUUGAUUCUGUCAGCAAAGGAAGCCCAGCUACACUACCAGUCAAAAGUUUUUGAACAGUAAGAUUUUUAAUGUCUCUUCUGCUCACCAAGCCUGCAUUUAUUUGAUUGAAAGUACAGCAAAAAGAGUAAAGUUUGAAAUAUUUUUAUUGUUUAAAAUAACUGUUUUCUAUUUAAAUAUAUUUUAAAAUGUCAUUUAUUCCUGUGAUUUCAAAACUGAAUUUUAGCAUCAUUACUCCAGUCACAUGAUCCUUCAGAAAUCAUUCUAAUAUUCUGAUUUGCUGCUCAAAACAUUUGUUAUAUUAUUACUAUGUUGAAAACAGCUGAGUAGAUUUUUUUCAGAUUUCUUUGUUGAACAGAAAGUUCAGAAGAACAAAACAGAAAUCCUUUGUAACAUUAUAAAUGUCUUUAUCAUCACUUUUGAUCAAUUUAAAGCAUCCUUGCUGAAUAAAACUAUUCUUUUCUGUAAUUUCUUUCCCAGAUUUCAGAUAAAUGCUGAUCUUUGGAUCUUUCUGUUUAUCAAAGAAUCCUGAAAAAAUGUACUCAACUGUUGUAAAUAUUGAUAAUAAUAAUACGUUUCUUGAACAGCAAAUCAGCAUAUUAGAAUGAUUUGUAAAUGAUUUUAAAUAGUAAAAAUACUUUAGGACUGUAUUGUUUUUGCUGUACUUGGGAUCAAAUAAAUAUAGGCUUGGUGAGUGAAAAAGACUUUAAAAAACAUUAAAAAUCUUGGUGUUCAAAAACUUUUGACUGGUAGUGUAUAUCAUGAAUGAUUUUGUAUAAAGACAUGUUUUAAGUACUAAAUUAUGUGAUAUUCUCUAUCUUUUCACUCUCUCCCUGAGUGUUUAUUUAAAAUGUAUAUGUAUGUACCAUUUACAGUGCUGAGAUCGAAAAAUCAGUGGGUCAUUCAGUAUGUAAAAAAAAAAAUUAACAGUGAAAAGCUGAUGCAUUCAUGUGCUAAUAUGUAUGUUUCUUAAGAAUUAACGAAAGUCCAGUAGCUUUAUUUUAUUUUCAUCAUGAGGGUUGAUUUUCUGACCUAUGUAAUUUUGUUGGACAUAAAAUGGAUCUAUUGUGCCUGGGUUAUGCAUUCACCCUGUUUGCUUCAUAUUUCCCUCUCUGAAAGUCAUAACAUUAUAAACCUUUCAGAAUGCAAACACUUCAAAGAAAAGUCUUAUAUUUUGUUACAUUUGUAAGUAGGGUAAAUUGACGGUCUGAUUGUGAUUGAUUGUGGAAACUGUAUUUUAAAAAACUGAUAUUUGUAGCAUGAAAUGAAUCAAUGCAGUUUAUUAACAGUUAAACAUCAUAACAUGUUUAAAAUUGUUCAAAAAUGUACUUUUGAAUCAUCUUGUUAGACUGCAAAAGGUACAGAUAUUAUUGAAUGACCCAUUCGUAUUCAUAUCAAGGUAAAUUGACUGCUGAUUGUAUCCCAGCAGGCCACUGUGACUUCUAACAGUGCACCUAAACUCAAAUUCAGAUUGUGUUUCUUCACUGUGAGCAGCACUGUUAACAUUUCAGCCACUGCACAAAUGUUAAAAACAUUCAAAUUCACAUUUAUUAUCGUUUGUCAUCAAAAUCCAGUACAGAAAACCCUGACUUGAACAGCUGUCUCUGUUUUGUAAUCACAUUUUGCCUUAAUGUGAAUCUGAUGCAUCACUGGUCUCAGUGUAAUUGUAAAAAAGACAUUGUAUCGCUUUCACCGUUCUCUGCAUUUGCCUCUCGAGCCUCUUUGGCUUUCUGUUGGCAGCAGAAAGAGUCAUGAGGGAUAGUAGAUAGUUAUUUUAGCACUGCAGGAAAAAGAAAUGAUUAAAUUGUGCAAAAUGCUGACAUUGCAGUAUGGACAAACAGUUAUUUCUUCGUUAUUUACAUGUGCUAUGUUCUGUCUUUUCCUUUUCAUCAAAGGUUCAACAGCUUUAUCAAGUUUUAUUUCAUCAUUGUGUGGUACUUUGCUUUCCCUGGAUUUUCCAGCAGGUUUUGAAAUAAAGUAGCACGAUCGUGGAUCAGUGUUCUGUGUAAAGAUGUGACAAAAUGAAACUUGUACAGCAAAUAAAAUCAUUAAAUUCUCAUUUUUCCCCUUAA